GGACAGAUGAGGAAACUCGUUCCCUCCUCCAAAUUAUUGCGGACCUGGGGAUUAUGGAUGAACUGGAUCGACCUCGCCAAAGAAAUGCCACCAUUUUCACCAGUAUUAGCGUGCUCUGGCUGAACGUGGUAUAAACAGAAUGCUCCUGCAGGAUGAGCGUAGCGCCCCCAGGAGAGAUGCAACCCCCCUCAAUCUGAACCACUAUGCCACCAAGAAGACCGUGGCGGAGAGCAUGCUGGACGUGGCUCUGCUCAUGGCCAACGCCUCGCAGCUGAAGGCCGUGAUUGAGCAGGGGCCCGGGUUCAAGUAUUACAUCACCCUCCUCGCCCUCAUCAGCCUCUCUCUGCUCUUCCAGAUGGUCAUCGGAGGCCUCUUCAUUGCCAUGGCUCGGAAGGACCUCAACGAUGUGAGAAACCAGAGGAAGCUGAACAUCCUGAACAAUGUGGCGACGGGGCUGGUGUUCUUCACAGCGAUCAUCAACGUCUUCAUCACAGCUUUCGGGGUCCAGAAAACAGGGCUUUACCCUAACUGACAACACGCAGGUUUUUUUUUUAAUCAAGUCUCUUCUUUCAGAUUUCAAUGUACACAAAGGUCUUCUAAACAACUAGCAUAUUCACAGAAGAUGACGUUCACCACAGCCCCUGUAGAGACUCAACUGCUUCAAUAAUACAAGCAUUAAAGGCAUCCGCUAAAAUAGACAAACAUGGUCAGUGAGAGAAAUUCUGUACGGAACUGGGAAUGACAAUAUGACACUAACUCAUCAUAAACAUUACCUGCCCUGUGCACUGGAAUUGGACACAAUACUUCAUUAUUCCUAUGAACAAGAAAUAAUCCCCAUAUGACAGCCCUUGAAUGGUUAUCCUCCCAAAAAUAUGUUACAUUCCUUUAACAAAGCAAGCAACCUGAAUGCUUUGUAACCCUUAAGUGGUCAGGUGGGGUCUAUUUCACCCCAGGGCUAUGUUUCACUUGCAAUGUCACUUAUUUAUUAGACCCCACCUUACCAUUUAUGUAACAAACAUGUGUGUACCCAGAUCAUCUUGUUUGCUGUAUUUUUCAGAUUUAAAGGCAUGAGUGACAAACACAUUCAUGGGCUGCAGACAAGAAGACCACGUUUUCAUGUAGGACAUAGAUGUGAAAAGGCAGUUUGCCCCUCACAUUUUGUACCACUUUGUAAAAGAUGUUACGAAGAAAGUGAUUCAAUUAAAACCUCUCUGUGCUCAUUGUCAGAGCUUGUGUAAAAGGGAUUGUAGAUUGUUGAAUGAAAACCUUUUUGAAAGACCUUUAUCUUUAUUGAUACCGGUAACGAUCAAUUCAGAUAUAUGGUCAUGUUGACCCAACUUCAUCAAUUACAAGUCAACACUAAAUACAUGGAGUUAAUACGCUUGCUUGCUGUCGUUCCCUGUACAGUACAAAGCUUUUUGUGUAUAUGCUACAGCAGGCAUGCAACCAAACGCAUACAUGUUUUUAAAGUUGAAAUUCAUUUUAUAAGUAAUUCAAUUUUGUUAAACAACAGGUAUAUUGUUUA